GGGGUGAAGACUCUGCCGCUCGCCGCCGGCUCCCAGGUGCCCGCGGCCUCCCUCAGCCACUCGAAGUGCGAGCUGGCCGGCUCGCCGAACUCGAUCCGGACCUGCGGGCAGACCGGGAAGCCGGCCAGGAUCGAAGCGGCUCCAGAGAGGAGAGGCCUGGCCUGUUCAAUUCCCCCCUCAUAUGACAAAUCUCCCAUCUCAGGAACCAGUGGAGUUUCACUGCACACCCUCUCUUUGCAAUUCAUCCAAUCUGCAUUUACAUGCAUCCUGAGUUAUAGAAAUAAAAGUUGCUAUACUGAAGAACAUAAAACUGCUUGUGGAAAGUUAAAAUAAUGGAGGCAAAUUAUACUUUAAAAUGCCACCCUACCCUCGUUCUGUGCGUCCUCAGACAAUGCGGAUUCACGGUUUCGCGGGACGCCCCGCUUUCCCGCCAAUGCGAGUCACGUGUGCACGCCUCACGGUCUCACUUCCGGCAGUCCCUCCGUGGUUUUGGCGGCCGGCGUGUGGAUCUCGUACGCUUCUGCUGUCCUUACCUCCGGCGCACUGACUUUGUGCUUGAAGUAUUUAACCAUGCCUCCAAAGCGCCCGAUGUCAAGUCCUGGGCCAUCAGCCAAGCGGCAGAGAACCGCUUUAACACUUGAAAAAAAGUUGGAAAUUGUUAACAGGGCCGAGGCGGGUGAGGGUAACACAGCUCUGGGACGCCACUUCGGCCUGGGUGAGUCCACGAUCAGAAACAUAAAGAAAAACGCCGAGAAAAUAAAAAGUGCAGUGGUUGAUUCAUCACAGGUGUCUUCAAAGAUUGUUACCAAAGUGCGCAACCCGAUUAUGACAAAAAUGGAGAAAAUGUUGAGUUUGUACAUUGAGCGUGAGACAAAGACGAAAACGACGCUCAGUUUCGAUCAUCUUCGUGUGAAAGCUUUGGAAAUUUAUGGGCGCCUUUGUUCAGAGGCUAGUGAGGAAGUGUCAGGUGAUAUUGUUAGCUUUAAUGCAAGUAGGGGGUGGUUUUCUAAGUUUGUUAAUCGUCACAAGCUUCACAACUUAGCAGUGCGUGGUGAGCAGGCUAAUGAUGACCACGAAGCUGUUGGACGCUACCCUGAGCAGUUGCGGGCUAUGAUAGCUGAGUUAGGCAUCACACCGAAGCAGGUGUUUAAUGCAGACGAGACCGGGCUUUUUUGGAAGCGUAUGCCGAAACGCACUUACAUAAGUAAGGAUGAAAUGACUGUGUCAGGUUUCAAGGCAGCACAGGAUAGAUUGACUCUGCUUAUGUGUUCCAAUGCCGAAGGAGACUGUAAGAUGAAGCCUCUUGUAGUUUACCAUUCACUGAACCCCCCUGCUCUUCAGGGAUUGAGUAAGAAUAUGCUUCCUGUCCACUGGGCAGCUAACAAGAAAGCAUGGGUCACUGGUCAAAUCUUUGAAGAUUGGUUUGCUAAUCAUUUUGCUGUGGAGGCUGAACGCUACUGCCGGGAACAGAAUCUUGCCUUUAAAGUUCUUUUGUUGCUUGACAAUGCACCAGCCCAUCCUAAGCAUUUGGACAGCAUUCAUCCUAACAUAACAGUGCGUUUCCUGCCGCCUAACACAACAUCGCUGAUUCAACCACUCGACCAAGGUGUGAUACCCACAUUCAAGGCGUAUUUUUUACGCCGAACCUUCUCUCAGAUGCUACAAGCAACAGACGGUUUUGAAAAACCCGGGAGGUUACCAACGGUGAGGGAAUGGUGGAAAUCCUUGAACAUCAGACAUGCCAUCAACAAUAUUGAUGAAUCCUGGAGAGAGGUCAAGCCUUCCACUCUCAGUGGAGCGUGGAAAUCAGUUUGGGCGGAGGGUGUGCACACCCUCAAGGGGUUUCCUGCCUUCACUGCAGCUGUCCAGGAUUGUGUGGCCCUGGGCCUUAAAAUUGGUGGCGAAGGAUUCUCAGAUCUCAAGACUGCUGACGUGUUAGAACUCCUGGAUUCUCAUGAUGAAGAAUUAAGUGUGGAUGACCUGCGUUUAACUCAGACUGAAGGUGAUAACGAUGAAGAAGAAAGUGUUGAGUUGCAGGUGAAGGAUUUUACGGUGAAGCAACUGGGAGAAUUUUUUAAGGCUGCGGAACACUUGGCACAAAUGGCGAUGGACAUGGACCCAAGUUUAGAACGGAGUCAGCAUUUCAGUCGUUCCCUGCAGUCAACCCUUCUUCCCUACAAACAAAUUUAUGCUGAGAAACAAAAUGCUGCCAAGCAAACAACCCUCACCACUUUCUUCAAACCGGUGUCAUCUGCUGCCGGCAGUUCUAGGAGUUCUGUGAGUCUUCCUUCACCCCUUGAUGACCCUGACGACCGACAAUCACGCAUCUCCACUGCCACUGUUGCCCUGUCUAAAAAAAAGAAAAAAGAAGAAAAAAAGAAAGAAGAAAGAAAGAAAGAUUGCCUGGAUAUCGGAGGGUCCCCACAUGCUCCAUGGAGUUCAAAAUAACUUUAGUAUAUAUCUUUACUUUCCCCCCCCCCCAAAUAAUUUUAUCUUCAAAGGACCUAUAUAUUUAAUCCUAUAUUUUAUAGAUAAGGGUGCCAAAUUUUCAAAAAUAUAUUCAUUUCCUAAAUUAUAAGUAAUUUUUUCAAGUGGAAUGCAGCUAUAUAUUUCAUUAUUCCAACGGUCCAUAGUUAAGUAUGAAUCUGAUUUCCAAAUAACUGCAAUAGCAUUUUUGGCUACUGCCAAUGCAAUUUUUAUAAAUUUUUUUUCUGAUAUUUAUUCACUUUAGGUUUUGGUAUAAUCCCUUCAAUAUUGCCUAAUAAAAAUAAUAUUGGGUUAUGUGGAAGUUGUAUUCCAAUAAUUUGUUCCAGUAAAAAUCUUAGAUUUAUCCAAAAAGGUUGAAUUUUAAAACAAGACCAAGUAGAGUGUAAAAAAAGUACCGAUUUCUUGAUUACAUCGGAAACAUUGGUCAGAUAAAUUUGGGUUUAAUCUAUUUAUUUUUUGUGGUGUAAUAUAUAAUUGAUGUAAAAAAUUGUAUUGUACUAAUCUAAUUAGGAUAUUUAUUGUAUUUGUCAUACUAUCAAGGCAUAGUCUUGACCACUUUUUUCAUCAAUUUUAAAAUUCAAAUCAGUUUCCCAUUUUUGUCUUGACUUAUGAAUUCCUGGUUUAAUUGUCUGUUUUUGAAUCAAAUUAUACAUACAAGAUGUAAAUUUUUUAAUUUUUCCUUUUUGAAUUAAAGUUUCUAUUUCAUUAGGUUUUGGCAUUAACAUUGUUUGACCUAGUUUAUCUCUUAAAUAAGCCUUUAAUUGAAAAUAACAGAAAAGAGUGUUAUUUGAUAUUUUAUAUUUAUUCUUUAAUUGAUCAAACGACAUCAAUAUACCUCCUUCAAAACAGUCACCUAUAUAUCUGAUCCCUUUUUGAAACCAGUUAUAUAAAAGUUGGUUAUCCAUUGUAAAAGGAAUAAGUCUAUUUUGAAUUAGGGUUCUCUUUGCUAAUAAAAAUUUCUUUAUCUCAUCCACAUUUAUUUUAUUCCAUAAAUCAAUCAAAUGUUUUAGUAUAAGAGAUUCUUUCUUUUCCCGUAUCCAUUUGGAUUCCCAUUUAUAUAUAAAAUCUUCUGGUAUAUUUUCUCCUAUCUUAUCUAACUCUAUUCUAAUCCAUGCCGGUUUAUCUUCAUCAAAAAAAGAUGCAAUAAAUCUAAGUUGAUUUGCUUUAUAAUAAUUCUUAAAAUUUGGGACUUGUAACCCUCCUAAGUCAAAUUUACAUGUCAAUUUUUCCAACGAUAUUCUUGACAUCUUACCUUUCCAAAGAAACUUCCUCACAGAUUUAUUCAACUCUUUUUUAAAAAAAAAUUUUUAACGAAUUUUCAAAUAGGUUACAGAAAGAAAAAAAAAUUGUCAGCCCUUCCCCCCCCUCCCCUUAACCCCUCCCCCCUAACAUAUCCCUAUAGAAAAAAAAAGAGAGGAAAGAAAGAAAGAUUGCCUGGAUAUCGGAAGAUCCCCGCAUGCUCCAUGGAGUUCAUAAUAGUUUUAAUAUGUAUAUUUAAUUCUUUCCCCAGAUAACCAAUAAUUUUAUCUUCGGAGCACCUAUAUAUUUAAUCCUAUCUUUUGUAAAUAAGGGCGCCAAAUUUUCAGAAAUAUUUCAUAUUUAUCUCUUAAAUUAUAAGUAAUUUUUUCAAGUGGAAUGCAGCUAAAAAUUUCAUUUUUCCAACGAUCUAUACUUAAGUAUGAAUCUGAUUGCCAAGUAACUGCAAUAGCCUUUUUGGCUACUGCCAAUGCAAUUUUUGCAAAUUCUUUCUGAUAUUUAUUCAAUUUGGAUUUCAGUUUUAUCCCUUCGAUAUCGCCUAGUAAAAAUAAUGUUGGAUUAUGUGAAAGUUGUAUUCCAAUAAUUUGUUCCAGUAAAACUCUUAAAUUUGUCCAAAAAGGUUGAAUUUUAAAACAAGACCAAGUAGAGUGUAAAAAAAUACCAAUUUCUUGAUUACAUCGAAAACAUUGAUCAGAUAAAUUUGAGUUUAAUCUGUUUAUUUUUUGUGGUGUAAUAUAUAUUUGAUGUAAAAAGUUAUUUUGUACUAAUCUUAGUCGAACAUUUAUUGUAUUUGUCAUACUGUCAAGACAUAAUCUUGACCAACUUGUUUCAUCAAUUCAAAUCAGUUUCCCAUUUUUGUCUUCACUUAUGAAUUCCUUGUUUAAUUGCCUGUUUUUGAAUCAAAUUAUACAUACCAGAAAUAAUUUUUUUAAUUUUUCCUUUAUGAAUUAAAGUUUCUGUUUCAUUAGGUUUCGGCAAUAACAUUGUUUGACCCAGUUUAUCUCUUAAAUAAGCCCUUAAUUGGAAAUAACAAAAAAGAGUGUUGUUUGAUAUUUUAUGUUUAUUCUUUAAUUGGUCAAAUGACAUUAAUAUACCUCCUUCAAAACAAUCUCCUAUAUAUCUAGUCCCUUUGUGAAACCAGUUAUAUAAAAGUUGAUUAUCCAUUGUAGAAGGGAUAAGUUUAUUUUGAAUUAAAGGUCUCUUUGCUAAUAAAGAUUUCUUUCUCAUCAUCAACACUUAUCUUAUUCCAUAAAUCAAUCAAGUGUUUUAGUAUAGGAGAUUCUUUCUUUUCCCGUAUCCAUUUCAACAUCAUUUCAGUUAAC